AUGGAGGGAAGAGAAGAACCACCACCGCCGGGAGUGGUCGUGACAACAACAGGCUUACCAGCAAGCAGUGGUCCGAUCAUCCCACCCCUGAUACCCGAAGGAGGAAUCAGAAUUAGCGUUCCGAUCUCCAGUGGGACCAUACCAGCAACCACGGGGGUCGCGUACGACAUCACACCACCACCCAUGAUGAGAAACGUUCAGGGCAUACACCCACUGAGGAACACAACCUCGCCGUGGGGAUAUUAUACUCCACAAUACCAGCCACCUAUGACCUAUCAGCAACAGGCAGGAGGAUGGUAUCCAGGUUACUAUCCGUGGAGCCAACCAAACCAACCAGGGUAUCCGCGACCCGUCCAGCCUAUUCCUUUCCCGUCUCUGGACACAGAAGGGACAGUGACGUCAGCGGCGCAGAUACCCCCAUACGUACCCCAGGGGGUGCCUAUGCCACCCCUCUAUCACGAGGCAGUAAUGAAGAGCAUCAAUGAUUUCCAGGACCACCUGAUAGGACUAGCAAGAGAUCAGGAGAAAUUCGCAGAAAAGCAAAACCAGGGAGUUGACGUAGGAACCAGACGUGGAAAGGACCCCCCAGUCACCAAGGAAAAAGAAAGAGGAAACGCACCGAGAAGAGGACAAUCGGAGCCCAUACUACAAAAGGAGAAGGAGCAGCUAGACAAGGGACCAGGAGCAGUCCCGCUCCUGGGAGAUAAGACGGCCCAGGAGAAGGUCGCAGAAGCAGUGGUGCGGAAUAGCGGUCGAAUUCAUGUAAUCGAAGACGACAAAUCAAAAGGAACCAAGAUGCCAGGGAAGCACAGCAAAGACGCAGAAAGCCAUUCAUCCAACAAGAGGAGGGGAGCGGACGAAAGGAGCAACAUUGACGAGAAAAUUAAGAACGCCAUGAAGAAAUAUCAGAAAGAAGGCAAGGGAGCAGAGGAAGAGCGAGAGGACGAAGAUUCCCCACUUAACUCAGAGAUACAGUCGGUAAGGUUCCCUUCGAGGUUUAAACUACCAACUUUUGAGCCUUUUGAUGGAACAGGAGAUCCGAAAAGCCACAUCUCAAAGUUCAAGACGAUCAUGAUGCUACAAGAUGUGACUGAUCCCAUGCUCUGUAGAGUGUUCCCUGCGACGUUAAAAGCAUCGGCGCAAAAAUGGUACUCAUGUCUUAAGGCAGGGUCAAUAAGUUCCUUCUCCGACUUAGCAUCGGCAUUCAAAGCAAGGUUCAGGACAAACAUCCCCAUGCAGAAGAGUUCCAGCGACUUGAGGAAGUGCAAGCAAGGAGAGCAGGAGACCCUCAAAAAUUUCGUGGAAAGAUUCAACAAGGAAGCAGUGCAAAUCGAAAACCUGAACCAUGACACAGCCAUCGAAGCAAUGAAGAUGGGAACAAAGUUUGAAGAACUCCGUGACAAGAUCCUGAUGAAAAAGCCAACCACCUUUCAAGACUUAAUGCUGAUCGCUCACAAAUAUGUGGAACUAGACGAAGCCAGACGAACCCUCACGAAACAACAUGAGCACACCAAGCAGGAUAGUUCCAGAUAUCGAGGGAAGAAGGAGGAAGAACGGCCACGGACUCAGCGAUAUCACGUGAAGGGACCACACAAUGACGCGUUGGUAAUAGAAGCCAUAAUCAGGAAUCACCUAGUAAAACGGAUACUGGUAGAUGAAGGCAGUUCCGUGAACUUAUUAACCUUGGAGGCAUUCAAAGAGAUGAAAGGCUCAACAACAGACCUGCGGAAGUCCUCAUUCCCACUAGUAGGCCUGGGAGGAGCACCAAUACGUCCAGAAGGGACAGUAAGUUUAUAUGUGGAAUUGGGAAAUAGAAGUGAAGGGCCAGUCAAAAAGAUGCAUGCUCAGUUUAAUGUAGUAGACCUGCCACUGGCCUACAACAGCAUACUGGGCAGACCAUUCUUGUACCAGACAGGAGCAGUAACUAGCAUCAGGCUGCUAACCCUGAAAAUGCCAACACCAUCUGGGAUAGUAGUGGUCAGAGGAGACCAGGAGAUGGCCAAGGAAUGCUGCUUGGUUACAACAAAGGAAGAUGAAAGUUUGACUAUUGAGGCGUUCCCAGGAGACGCAGUAGAAGAGGAGGAGUCACAAGGAGCAGAACCAGUAGGCGUCAUGAAAGAGCUUCACCUAACUGAGACCAAGAUGGUCAAAGUAGGCACAGAAGUACCAGAAAAGGUAGCACAUGAAAUAAUAGAGAUACUGAAAAAGAACGUGGAAUCUUUCGCUACUGAACCAACGGAGAUCGUGGGAAUCAAUCCCAAAGUAGCGUCGCACAAACUGAACGUGAUCCCAGGCAGUGUACCCAAAGUCCAAAAGAAGAGGAGGUUCACUGAGGAGAGGCAGAAGAUAAUCGCAGACGAAGUAAACAUUUUGGAGGCAGCAGAUUUUAUCCGCGAAGUUUUCUACCCUGAAUGGGUGGCAAACGUCGUCCUAGUAAAGAAGGCAAACGGGAAGUACAGGAUGUGUGUCGAUUUCACAGACUUGAACAAGGCCUGCCCAAAGGACAACUAUCCGCUCCCCAACAUAGACCAGUUAGUAGACUCAACAGCUUGUUAUCUCCUAUAUAGUUUCGUAGACGCAGCGCAGGGGUAUCAUCAAAUACCGAUGGAGGAGAAGGAUCAAGAGAAAACAUCAUUCGUCACAGACCGAGGGACAUACUGUUACAAAGUCAUGCCGUUUGGAUUAAAGAACGCAGGAGCCACCUAUCAACGUCUGGUCAACUUCAUGUUCCAAGACCAGCUGGGGAAGAAUGUAGAAGCCUACGUGGACGACAUAAUUGUGAAGAGCCUAACAGCAGAGGAACACGCCCAAGACUUAGAAGAAACCUUCAAAGUCCUGAACAAGUUCGGAAUGAAACUCAACCCGGCAAAAUGUGCUUUCGGUGUUAAAGCAGGAAAAUUCCUAGGCUAUCUGAUCAGCCAACGAGGAAUAGAAGCAAACCCAGAAAAGAUCCAAGCAGUGAUAGAUAUGAAGGCCCCCCAGAGCGUGAGGGACGUACAGAAGUUGAAUGGCAGAGUCACGGCACUGGGACGUUUCAUUUCUUCCUCAGCCAAAAAAUGCCUGCCGUUUUUCAAACAACUCCGGAACAUGAAAAAAUUCAAAUGGGACGAAGACUGUCAAGUCGCAUUCGAAGAAUUAAAGGCAUUCUUGACCAACCCGCCCCUACUGAGUAGGCCCGUAGUCGGGGAGACCCUGUACCUGUACUUAUCGGUAGGGAGAGAGACCAUCGCCUCAGUACUGGUACGGGAGGAAGAGGAGGAGCAGUGGUCGAUAUACUAUAUAAGCAGAACGCUAAAAGGGGCAGAGCUCAAUUACCCAACCAUAGACAAACUUGCACUUGCCGUCGUCGUAACCACCAAAAAGCUCAAGCCGUAUUUCCAAGGACACACAGUCAUAGUACGCACAAACCAGCCUUUGAGGAAAGCAUUGCACCGACCUGAGACUUCAGGACGAUUGGUCAGUUGGUCAGUACAACUAGGAGAGCACGACAUCAGGUACGAGCCAAGGACAACGUUGAAAGCUCAGGCACUUGCGGACUUCGUGGCAGAGAUGACAGAGAAACCAUGUGACUCAGCAACCGAGGAGUUGACAUGGAACCUAUUCGUAGACGGAGCCUCCAGUGACCAAGGAGCAGGAGCAGGUGUAGUCCUAUUAGGACCUCACAAAAUCGCAAUUGAGUAUGCAGUACACCUAAGCUUCAAGGCUACCAACAAUGUGGCAGAAUAUGAGGCCCUCUUAACAGGACUCGAAAUCGCGACUGAAGUAAAGGCAGAAAAGCUAAAAAUCCAUAGUGAUUCCCAACUAGUCACUAGCCAGGUGCUGGGACAAUUCCAAACCAAGGACCAAAACAUGGCGAAAUACAUGGCAAGAGCAAAGGAACAACUCAAGAAGAUCGAAAAAAACGGAGGACAGUGGGAAAUCAUACCCAUCCCCAGAGAAGAGAACACUAGAGCAGACGCAAUAGCCAAGGCAGCCGCAGUGAAAAGCCAGCUAUAUGUAUCACUCCAAAUGAAGGAGGAGCGGUUAACACCAACGGUAGAGGAGCAGCAGGUAUUACCAGUCGCAGUCCUAGAUCCAUGGAUGCAACCCAUAGUGGCAUAUUUAGCGGACAGAGUCCUACCUGAAGGACGUACCGAAGCGGCUAAGCUAGUUCGAAUUUCCUCCGCCACUGUACCGGACCUCAGCCACACACCCAUGGUCUAA